GCAAAAGGGAAUACAGCAUCCAAGUCUCCAAACAAAACCCUUGCUAGGGUUCUUCACGGUUCUUUAAAUUGUCAGAACGCUCACGCCGCACGCGAAAUGUUACACUAGAAACUUCGUCUCCUUCCUUUCCUUCGGUUCAUUCAAAAUUCAAAGACUCAAAUUCGAGGUUCAAACUCACGGUUCCGUCUUUCAAAUUUCAAUCAUCCUCAAAGAAUUGGGGAUAGGGAACCUAAUAAUGGCUGGGGAGGAGGGGAGUGAAAAGAAGAGAGUGGUGACAGAAUCACUAGGAUGGCUAACAGAAUCAUCAAUAAUGCCAAAGAAGCAUCGAGCCAUAGCUGGUGUUGGGGCAUCGUCCAUACUGGAGUUGAAGGCUGAGCUCUACAAGUCUCAAGAAGAUUCUAAGAAGUCCAGGGAAUUGGCAGGCCCUGAUGUUGAGUAUCACCGGGCAAAGAGCAAGAUUGCUCCCAAAGAUCCCUUCUCUGCCAAGAAUUCUGGGGUUGAUGCCCGCGCUCACAAGGACAAACUUGAGUUAAAAGCAGUUAAUGAUGGAUCAGCUAGCUAUUCUGCACUGGAGAGAAAGGCUGAGUUGUAUGAUAAAUUGGCGAAGGGAGAACUGUCUGAUGAAGAGGAUAAAGAAAAGUAUUGUGUAGACUUUUUCCGCAAGGGCAUUGAGCAGGAUGAGUUACAGCAACCAUCAAUCCAUGAUGUGGUGCAAGAAAAUGAAGAUGCUGAUAAUGAUGCUUCUGUGCUUUUUUCUUUAAAACCUAUUGGGCCUAGGCAAAUGGCUGGAGAAGUAGACAGGGCAGAGCAUAAGCGCAAUAUUCAGGAAGUUCAUGAAGAAGCUAAUAGGGCAAGAGAAAAGGCUUCGGAAAUUAAACUGCGGAGGCAAGAGCAGGUAGCUGCUCAUCGUGAGAAGCUUAAGCAAGCCUAUCUUCGGAAGAAGUUGGAGCAACUAAAAGCCACAUCCAUUGGAUCUGGAUCUGAGAGUAAAAACACAUGACAAUCAACUGGUGUGGCAUCGUUUAUUACGGCCAAUCUUCGUGAAACCAAGACUUUAAACAUAGGCAUGAGGAGUUGGGGCUCCUGUUAGUGCAGCCCCCUUGUAACGUCGUUGUGCAGGAAUUGAUGUUAUGCUCCUUCUCACAAAACAUGCCUAGGCAGAUUGAAAGCAUAUACCAAAAACUGCAUCGUUAUUCACUAAAGCUGUAGCAUCGUUGUGCUUGUGAUGGACAUCAGCUCCCUCAUUCCGCAAACAAAGAUUGGAGGAAAAAGCAAAGAUUCAGGCAAACAGACACUUUUUUACGUUGUAAAUAAUUUAAUUUGACCAUUGCUAUUUGCAUGAAGUAUUGAUAUUGAUUUGACCUGUAGAAAAUUUGAUGGCCUAUAAAAACAUUUUGCAAUUCAAUGAUAAAAUUCGAA